AGAUUGUCAAGAAGAUGGACCGAGAAAAUUGAUUUGAAAUAAAAAAUACAAUUUAUGAGGAUAUCAAGUUGAAAAAAAUUAUCAGAAUCUUCUUCAAGCCUUUGAAAAAUGGCAACAUCAGCAAAUCCAUUUGAGUUGAAUAAGAUGAAAGUGAAAAAGAAAAAUAUAUUUGGAGAUGUAGAGUUUACUGAUCAACAGAUGGAGGAGUUUAAAGAAGCUUUCGUAGAAUUUGAUAUUGAUGGCGAUGGAACAAUUACAAAAGAGGAGCUUGGAACAGUUAUGAGACGGCUAGGAGAGAGACCAACUGAAGAAGAAUUACAGGAGAUGGUUUCAGAAGUAGAUCAGGAUGGAAGUGGAGCUAUUGAACUUGAUGAGUUUAUUCAGAUGAUGGCGAACAGAAUAUCAGAGGGAAACAAAAUAAAGCAAGUGUUUGACUUUUUCGACAAGAAUGACGACGGGUAUAUUUCCUCGGCUGAGUUGACCGCAGUAAUGUUGGAUCUAGGAGAACAAUUGACCGAGGAUGAGAUUGAGGAAAUGAUGAGAUGGGCGGAUAAGGACGGAGAUGGAAGGGUUGGAUAUAGUGAGUUUGCAGCACUUAUGUCUGGGAAAAGUCGAUCUAGAAACUUUGAUUAGAUAAUCUCGUCUUUAGAAAAUUUAAAUUCUACCUGAAUACAGUUUGCCAAAUUACAAAAGUUUAUUUUAAAGAAGGAUACUAUAUAGAUGGCAAUGCUAAGUCAAGUUUAAAGAGAGAUACUAUAGAUGGGAGUGCUUAGACAAGUUUAAGUAAAAAAACUAGAUGGCAGUGCUUAGUCAAGUUUAGGGAGAGAAACUAGAUGGCAGUGCUUAGUCAAGUUUAAGGAGAGAAACUAGAUGGCAGUGCUAAGUCAAGUUUAAGGAGAGAAACUAGAUGGCAGUGCUAAGUAAAGUUUAAAGAGACGUAACUAGAUGGCAGAGCUAAGUAAAGUUUUAAGAGACGUAACUAGAUGGCAAUGCUAAGUAAAGUUUAAAGAGACGUAACUAGAUGGCAGGGCUAAGUCAAGUUUAAAGAGACGCAACUAGAUGGCAAUGCUAAGUAAAGUUUAAAGAGACGUAACUAGAUGGCAGAUACUAUAGAUGGGAGUGCUAAAACAAGUUUAAGUAAAGAAACUAGAUGGCAGUGCUUAGUCAAGUUUAAGGAGAGAAACUAGAUGGCAGUGCUAAGUCAAGUUUAAGGAGAGAAACUAUAUGGCAGUGCUAAGUCAAGUUUAAAGAGACGUAACUAGAUGACAGAGCUAAGUCAAGUUCAAAGAGACCUAACUAGAUGGCAGUACUAAGUCAAGGUUAAAGAGAUGUAACUAGAUGGCAGUGCUAAGUCAAGUUUAAAGAGACGUAACUAGAUGGCAGUGCUAAGUCAAGUUUAAAGAGACGUAACUAGAUGGCAGUGCUAAGUCAAGUUUAAAGAGACGUAACUAGAUGGCAGGGCUAAGUCAAGCUUAAAGAGACUUAGCUAGAUGGCAAUGCUAAUUAAAGUUUAAAGAGAAGAAACUAGAUGGCAGUGCUAAGUAAAGUUUAAAGAGACGUAACUAUAUGGCAAUGCUAAGUCAAGUUUAAAGAGACGUAACUAGAUGGCAAUGCUAAGUAAAGUUUUAAAAGAAGAAACUAGAUGCAGUGCUAAGUAAAGUUUAAGGAGACGUAACUAGAUGGCAAUGCUAAGUAAAGUUUAAAGAGAUGUAACUAGAUGGCAAAGCUAAGUCAAGUUUAAAGAGACGUAACUAGAUGGCAACGCUAAGUAAAGUUUAAACAGACGUAACUAGAUGGCAGAGCUAAGUCAAGUUUAAAGAGAAAAACUACUUUGCUGUGCUUAGUCAAGUUAAGAGUACAAACAGUUUACAGAGAUAAAUUCUGAUACGAUAGUUGUGGGAGUUGAGUAUACUUUCGAGUAAUCCUGUCUUUAAGGAGUAGCGUGACAACAAUACCUUUAAAAUCUUACCAUCUACUCUCCUUGUGAUGAAAAAAAGCACCAAAGCUGGCUCAUUUUAAUUUACAUUUAUUUGAACCAAAUUUCAAACUGGACCUACUGUAGUGUUAUCUAAAUAUCUAAAUAUCUUAUCUAUACAAUUUGUACUCAUUUUCUUAUUCAAAAUAAAAAUUUUUCUUAA